CGUACCAAUCAUUUGAAAUUAAGGUCUGAAGUCUACAGUUCUUCCAAAACAGCAGCGAAUUUCUAAAUUGAAAUUUCUAAACUACUUGUGUGACCUUCCCGCGAUCUAUAUAAUGAGAGCGUGCCAGAUUGAAUUACACAUUUCCGCAUGAUCGCACACUGUGCUGUAUCGAGUUCUUUCCUCGGGUGAGCGCGCAUAUAAGACGCAAACUUUAUGCCCUGCCAUUAGUUAUCUUGAUCAUGAUGCCCGAGACGGCAAGGAGUAUUAUAUGAUCGCUUCUGUUUAAGAUAGGAGCUCUCGAAAGGAGCUCAAGAUGGAAGACAUAGCAGUGAGCACGGUACGGCUCACUUUAGAAGACAAAGAGCAACAGGCGAAGAUCAAAGAGCUGUUCUGCGCCCUGAGAAACGCUACAACCUCCCAAGAAAUCAUCUCAACACUACGCAAGAUUCAUAAAACCAGCGGGAAUAAAAUAGAAGGAAGGAAACCACAGGAAGUUGGCGUAAGCGUGGAGAAUUGGCCCUUUACAGGCUUGCAGAUAUUCCUCGAGGAAAUCGCCUCGCCAGAGGAAAAACAGGGAUUUGUUAAUGUUUUGUUACCGGUGAUUAUAAGUCUGGCGUCGAAAUUGACGGAGUAUAGUCAAAGCGAAGGACUCGAGUUUGUUUGUCGACAGACCGAGUCUUCCGUCCCUCUGAACAGGAACUUCAUCUCUGCAGUCCUGGCAUCGGGAUUUUUGUGUUCUCUUCCUCCUACUCCAGAGGAGUCAAGUACAAGAACCCUCAACUUUGCCAACUUUUUCUCCUACUUUCACCGUCCGGGACAUCGAGAAACACAAGCUGCCAAACUGCGGUGUUUCCUGCAUUACUUUGAGCGUCUUGCUGAGGUCAACCUCGAUCUUCCUGGCAAUGUAAUCUUCACACGACAGUUAAUAAGUGAGUCUGAGCUACCUUGUUUUGACGACUGGAGCCGAUGUGAUGUCCCACUAUGCCCUGUCGUAGUCGACACGCGACAUCCAAUAGAGGACGCGGACGGCCCCUUAUUACAGGUUGACUUCGCUAACUGUUUUAUCGGAGGGGGCGUACUCGGCUGCGGUAACACCCAGGAGGAGAUUAGAUUUUGCGUGAGUCCAGAGUUGAUGAUAUCCAUGCUGUUCAUGGAGGCAAUGGAGGAUAAUGAGGCGAUUAUUAUAAAGGGUACAGAGAGGUUCUCGUCGUAUACUGGUUAUGGAGACGAAUUCCGCUACGACGGGGACGUCCGUGACCUGGCCCAGCGAGACAUGUUUGGAAACCUAGAGACGACCGUGGUUGCCAUAGACGCCACGUCAUUCAAGCACCAGCCACGUGACAAGCAGUACGAGCAGGGCAUGGUGCUUAGGGAGCUCAACAAGGCAUUGGUGGGGUUUCAUUCACCGGAAGUCGGUUUUAACAGGAUGUCACGUAAAAGGGAUACCGAAUUCGUUGACAUUACAGUUACGCAGGAGGAGCCUGUUGCUAUGGCAACAGUACCAGGUAUUCACAACCUUGGCCAACUCAUAGCUGACCGCGUCCUGCAAGGAGUCUGGGACGACAUGACGUUAAAUGGCGACCGACAUACAGAUGACAGCGGUAAACUACUCACAAGUUUAAUAAAGAAAUCAGUAGAGGAAGUGUUUAAGCAAACGCCGGAGAAAGUACGUAUUUACACGGAGCACGUAACUAACUCCGCCUUAUUACCAAAAUGCCUGCAGCAUGGCGAGCAAAGCAGUGCAUCUGUGUCACCACUUGUGCCCAGUACCCCUCCUUGCAGCCAGAACGUGAGUGGGACCCAAUCUCCCCUCUUCCUGCAAGUCACGUGCUCAAUUACGCAAUCUACACUGUCCAGCACAAGCUUUGCCGACUCGCUCUCCAAGUCUCUUCUCUCGUGUGUGUCUCUGACGUCAUCACUUGCAAACAGCAUAACAACAAUUGCUAACACGCCACUGGAGGCGGCAUCGGUUGCUAAGGAGACAUUUAGGAGAAGCCCAAGGGAUCUUGGAUCUCCCGUCAAGAAUGCGGACAAAUUCAUGUCGUACUUGUCUCAGAAAGUUUACGACGACGCAAGUGAUGUUCAACCGAAGCAGUUAAAUUACAAGACGAUAUCCGAGUUUACCGAAGAUCUUACGUCAGUCAUUGAUGUUGAGAAAUCUGAUUGGUCGAGGAAAGAGUCUUUAGGUGGUAUUCCUCAAGUGGACUCUCCAAGGGAGUCCGAUUAUCUCGACUUGUGCGCAUGUUCAGAGGAAGAGUUGGAGGCGAGGCGAACGAGUCUAGCCGAGCUUGCACUGAAUCUGUUCGAAGAUUACGCUUCAUGUUUGGCAAGGUCUGUGAUGGAAUCUGCUUUCGGCUUAUUCAAUAGCCCUGUCUCACUGCACGACACGAGGGAAGUGAACAAAAUCGAAAGCGAUGAUGACGAGGUGACAGAAAGCGAUAAUGAUAGCACCGGAAGUGACAGGAGCGAUGUGCACGACAGUGAGCGUGACGAGGUUGUAGUUGAUGAGGUUUACACAGGAAAUGGAAUGCGUGACGAGGCUGUAUACGAAGAGAAAUGUGACAGCAUCCUAGAAGAUGACUUUGAGUUAAACGAGGAGGACAUGAAAGUAGAACGCAUGCUACGUGACAGCCGGAAGGUAUUGCGUGAUAAUCUAAAAGUGUUGCGUGACCAAGAGGCUUGUGACAAUAACAAUGUAUUAAAUCUUAAUCCGGAGAUUGAAAACGAUGUUCUGAAGAUGCGCCAAAGCACUCAACAAAUUCCUGAGGGCAACAAUGCAUUACUAGCUAUGCGUGACACCACAGAUGACAGACAAGGUAGCAUGCGUGACAAUGAUGUAUCUGCGGACGUUAGUCACGACAGUGAGAGUGACAGCGAUCAUGGGAAUGAUCUUGAUGGAGAUUGGAAUUCUUCAGACAUCGAGAAAGAAAUCGAAGACAACUUCUUUGACCUUGAUCGACUAUCUGACGAAGAAGUAGUUUACUCUAGUUUCACAGAUUUGGGAAAAGAAAUUGAAGAUUUCGCGGCAAAGAUUAGUGGAAACUGUAUAAGUUGUGGAAUUAAAGAAGCUGUUCUAUCGUUAGAAUUAAAUCAAACUCAAAUUAAACAGGAAUAUGAAAUAGAUUACGAAACUAAACAAGUUGAGCAUGCCCAACAUGAACCGGUAAAACCUGUCGAGCAGGCUCAGUCUGAACCAGUAAAGCCUGUUGAGAUGCCGCAGCCUGUACCGGUAAAACAUGACGAGCAGGCGCAACCUGUAAAUGAACGUGGUCUCGAGAAUAAGAAUUACACCCUAUCAUAUGAGGAUGAUUCUGAUGCGAUAGCGUACACCGCCGAGCUAAUAUCAAAGGCCAUCUUGCAAGAUGCCCUCAAGGAGGCAAGCAAAGAAAUAUCACAGUCACUUGAGGACGAGGAUUAUGAAAAUAGAGAGCGAAGAGAUAAAGGUGAUGAAGCGUCUGAGGAGAAUAAUAGGCCGAUACGUUCUACAGGUGAUGAUACCAGUUACAUCAAAGAUGAUGAAAUGAUCUUGGAAGACAAAGCUAGAAACAGAAUUGUUGAUAAACAAGAAGUUGUUGCUUCUGAGGGAAUAGUUAUCGAUGCUUGUGAUGGAGUAAAUGUCGAAGGGGUUAGUAAUGCAAGUGGGGAUGUAGUAUGUAUCGGUGUACAGCCUGAUAACCUACCGCACGCCAUGUUACAUGAGUUCGCGGGCGUCAUGUCUCAGCAAACAAUCCAGACCGCCUCUUCGCUCGUCUCCACAAUGGAACGACUUUCAGGAGGUACUCCUGCACCAUAUCCCGUCUCUACUGGUAAUUGGGGAUGUGGAUUGUUCCGGGGGGACCCGCAGUUAAAGGCGGUGCUUCAAUGGUUAGCGGCGUCUGUUGCCGGCUGCCCUGUCCUCGUUUACCACACGUAUGGAUACGGGGAAAUGUCAAAGUUCUUUAUGGUUCAGCAGUCUUUGCGACAACGUAACACAAGAGUGUGUGACGUCAUGCGAGUGGUGUCACGCUUCUGUGAGAAGCGGUCGUCAAGUGGUUCUGAGAACAAUGAAGAUGUCAACCUAUUUGAACUCCUGAUGACAAGUUCUUGACAUCCAAGUCCAUUUCUUAGCUGAUGUAUAAAGCAAUAAAUUAUAUUAUGGUUAAUCUUAACACACAGUUUUUAUUUUGUAAAAUGACGUUGUAGUUUUUUUUUUUGUUUAGAAAUUCCUGAUGAUUAUUUCAACUUUUUUAUAAUAAAGGAUUAUUAGCAGAGUUUGAAGGCUGUAAUUCUUAAAUAUUUUUACUUGUUAUUCUAAAUAAACUAUUUUAAGCCAUUA